AUGGCUUUCACUCCUGGAGGACGUGGUGGAUUCGGUGGUGGAGGACGCGGUGGAACUCCCCGUGGCGGAGGACGUGGUGGAUUCGGUGGUGGUGACCGUGGUGGCCGUGGUGGUGGUCGCGGUGGAUUCGGUGGCCGCGGUGGAGGCCGUGGUGGAUUCGGUGGUGACCGUGGUGGUCGUGGUGGUGGCCGCGGUGGAGGACGUGGUGGAUUCGGUGGCGACCGUGGUGGUCCCAAGGGUGGAGCCAGAGUCGUGAUCGAGCCUCACAGACAUGCCGGUGUUUUCGUCGCCCGCGGAAAAGAAGAUCUCCUCGUCACCAAGAACAUCGCCCCCGGAGAGUCCGUCUACGGUGAGAAGCGUAUCUCCGUCGAAGGACCCGAUAACACCAAGGUCGAGUACCGUGUCUGGAAUCCUUUCCGUUCGAAGUUGGCUGCGGGUAUUUUGGGCGGUUUGGAUGAGAUCUACAUUGCGCCUGGUAAGAAGGUGUUGUACCUUGGUGCUGCCUCUGGUACCUCUGUUUCUCACGUUGCCGAUUUGGUUGGACCUGAGGGUAUGGUCUAUGCUGUCGAGUUCUCCCACCGUUCCGGUCGUGACUUGAUCAACAUGGCCAAGAAGCGCACCAACGUCAUCCCCAUCGUCGAGGACGCCCGUCACCCCCAGCGUUACCGCAUGCUCGUCGGCAUGGUCGACGUUGUCUUCGCUGACGUCGCUCAGCCCGAUCAAGCCCGUUUGGUCGGUCUUAACUGCCACAUGUUCUUGAAGCACGGUGGUGGUGUCUUGAUUUCUGUCAAGGCUUCUUGUAUUGAUUCUACUGCUGACCCUACUGCUGUUUUCGCGCGUGAGGUUAAGAAGAUGCAGGAGGAGAAGAUGAAGCCUCAGGAGCAGUUGACCCUUGAGCCUUAUGAGAGGGAUCACGCCAUGGUUGUUGCCAAGUACAUGGGAUAA